UUCGCACCGUUCUGAAUUUUCUCAAAAUAUAUCAGUUGAGUUUUUUUCGUUCCUUCUUAGCACAGUUUGGAAGAGGCUAGAAGCAUGAAUUCGUUCUUGUGCACCUUUUCCUUGCUCUGGCUUUCAUCCCUGGCCACCGCCGCCAACUUCAUUUCAGUCUUUGAGUGGCCCAAUCAAUGGGAUUACGAGUGGCCGUCCGAGGAGAGCAGGAAUCGUUUCUUGUUAACUGGAGCUUACAAACCAGAGCAUUUUCAAGCUCGUUACAUGGCUGUGUACGGAACACGGAUCUUCAUCAGCCUUGAUCAAUUCUAUGCUGGCAUUCCGAUAAGUCUGGUGGCUUUGCCGACGUACAGUGCGUCCAUUGCACCCCCCAAGCUCACGCCAUUUCCUUCGAGGAACAUGCAUGGAAAGGGAGACUGUGACAAAAUUGAAGAAGCAACGGGGCUGGAAGUUGAUUCGGCUGACAGGCUAUGGGUGUUGGACAACGGUAGCGAAGAUUGCUACGCAAAAUUAUGGAUUAUACAUCUGUCCAAGAACGAUCAAACCGAAAUCAUCCAUGUUUUUCCUUUUAAAAAAUCGACGCACGAUUUGGUGCUUGAUGAAACGCCCAACGAUACCUUGGCUUACAUUGCGUGGUGGGGUGGAAAAAACAUUGUCGUGUUUAGUUUGAAAAGAAAAAAAUCUUGGAUAAUGGAUAUAAAAGAAAUCGACGUUAUUUCUAUUGCCCUUUCCCCGAAGGAGGAGCCGAGACAGCUUUACCUUGGCAAAUGGAAAUCCACCGAACUGUAUUCCAUUUCCGUUGCUGCACUUCGCAAUAACCAAACUCGAGCUGCAAAUCCAACACUAAUCGGAAAUUGGACUGCAAUUAAUCCGUAUCGAAUGCUGAUGGACAACCACGGCACCAUAUAUGCCGCCUUUUUUGAGACGAAUUACACUUCCUUUUUCCACACUUCCCGCCCAUUUAAGGAGCAACGUUUAUAUCAGGCCAAUAUACGGUAUACUGGUUUGCCGUUUACUUUAGCCUUGGAUCCAAGUGGAAUCCUUUGGAUGGUGGUUUACGAUGACAAAGGAGAGCCAAAAUACAGGAUUUUAAAGGCUGCAGUCGGUGCUGAGUCAUAUAUUUUCAAGCCCUCACCACCUGUUACGCCAGCUAUUGCGACCACUCCAAUAACCACCACUACCAAAUCAGCGCGUGUUAAAAGCACAAAACGAUUCAAGUCUACUCCAACCACAGAAAAAUCUUUGAAGGUAAUUGUUGGGGAAACUGCCACAGCCGCGGUGCAGGACCAGGAGUGUGAGUGCAGCAUCAUGUCGGAAAAAUUGGACCAAUAUUGGCUGUUUAUCAUCAUCCUGAUCGCCUCCAUCGUGGUCUACGUGAUCUUGUCGAGUUUGACCUUUUUGUGGUUCAUCCUGAGACAGAAGAGAAACAAUCCGCCAAAAGCCAACGAGGAACAGCAACUGUCCGUUUUCCGUAACAACCAGCAGGAAGUCCAAGAUGAGAAUUCGAGAGGUGCCGCCUGCACAAAUUCCGUUUCGGCCGAUUACGAUGACGUCGGCCCCGUAGAAGAGCUGUACGAGGAAGUUAUAUAUCACCGGCCCGCUUGCACACCCCCUCCUCCUGAUCUCUACGAACAGCCGAUAACUGUCUCAGAACGCCGCGAUCGGCAAAGAAAGUGAAAGCGAUGCCUACAAGGCCGAGGACUUCGAGGCCGACACCACGUUUAGAAGAUGCGACUUACGAGUCAGGGCAAAACCUGAAACUCUUAAGCACCAUCGGCCUUAGGCUCUAAAUAAUAUUUUAACUUAAUCUUUCGUUCAUAGACGCAUAAUAUCCUUUAACAUGAUGUAUCGUUGUUUUCUUUUGGAAAAAAAUAAAUCUUUUUAUGUUUCUAAUGAUACCAAAACUAUAUACUGUGAAUGAAGACAAGUAGUGUGGCAUAUAGUUCAUUCCGCUCUGCAUGUGUUUUCAAGAUUUUAAAUUGUUGUGUGAUAAUUUUAAUAUUUAUAUACUAUAGGCCCACUCUGACUCGAUCUGUCCUUUUGCUAGUUGUUUGCCAGGGAGUGUUGCCUUUUCUCACGCAUUUAUAAUUUUAUCAAUAAAAUUGACUAUAUAAAAAUGUGUGUAA